AUGUCUCAACCGAACUUCCAAUCUGUUGCACCACAACAACAGUCAUCCUUAGAGGACACCCUUAAAGUAAUCAUGGCUAAAAUUGAAAAAAAUGAUGCUAAAAUUGAAAAUUCAACUCACUUGCAUGCUCAAGCCAUAGCUAAACUGGAAAAUCAAAUGGGUCAAAUGGCAGAGAGAGAAAAUGGAAAGUUUCCUAGUCAACCGAUACCUAACCCAAAAGGACAAUUUGCUUUUAGCAACCCCUCUAACUCUACCUAUAAGCAUGAGCAGGUUCAAUCCAUUGUAACCCUUAGGUCAGGAAAACAGGUUGAUAACCAAGUAAGUAUGCAAAUAGAGAAGAGUUUAGGGGAGUUAGAGAAAGAAGAAAGGCAGAGUAAUCCCACCAAAGAUCAAGAAUCUAGUUCUCCUCAACCUCCAAAAGAACCCCAACUUAGAAGUUUCAUCCCUAAAGCUCCAUAUCCUGAACGACUAGUAGCCCCUAAGAAAGGUGUAGACCAUGGAGAUAUUCUAGAGGUAUUUAAGCAAGUGAGAAUCAAUGUUCCAUUCCUAGAUGCUAUUCGGCAGGUGCUUUCAUAUGCCAAAUUUUUAAAAGACCUAGUCUCCAUAAAAAGGAAGGCCAGCACCCCUAAGGAAGUAGUAUUGACUGAACAAGUUAGCUCCAUUAUCCAACACAAAGUACCUGUCAAGUAUAAGGAUCUGGGGUGUCCUACAAUUUCGUGCACGAUAGGUAAUCAUCACAUUGAGCGAGCUUUGUUGGAUUUGGGAGCCAGUGUCAAUUUACUGUCGUAUUCAGUUUACUUGCAAUUAGGUUUGGGGGAGUUAAAACCCACUUCAAUAAGGCUUCAAUUGGCUGAUGGAUUCGUUAAAAUUCCUAAAGGCGUUAUUGAGGAUAUUCUAAUAAAAGUUGACAAAUUCUAUUUUCCAGUAGACUUAAUAGUCUUAGACACCCAACCUGUCCAAAACUCAAAGGGGCACAUUCCUGUCAUAUUAGGCCGUCCUUUCUUGGCCACGUUUAAUGCUCAAAUUAAUUGUAGGAAUGGUGUGAUGAAGAUGUCAUUUGGUAACAUGACUGUCGACCUUAAUAUUUUUUAUAUUGACAAACAAUCGUCAUGUGAGGAUGAGGUGAGUGCAGUUUACAUGAUAGAUAGCCAUGUUAAAGAACAAUCUCCAUCAAGUUAUGAGGAUCCUUUUGAAGCUUGUCUAUCUCAUUUUAAUAACAUUGAUGAAGACUCUAUGAUUGAAUCUGUCAACAUGUUUUUAGAGUCUUUCAUAGAUAUUAGUAGGUGGAACUUGUGCUUUGUAGAGCCACCAUUUUUAGAGAACACCCCAAGUUUGCGGGAUGAACAAGAGUCCAAUUUUGAGUUAAAACCUUUGCCACCCGAUUCUAGUGUUGAAAUUAUGGGACCAACCGAAUUUAUGUCAGUCGUCGGUAUCCCAAAUACUGAUCAAAUUGAAGAGGAAAAGAUAGCAGAUGAGAAUGACCAUUGCAAUAAAAAAUUAGAGUGCAAUUUUGUCAUUGGUAAAGAGCCCUUACAUCCCACUGGUAGGACUUUGCUAGCCAUAUUGUUAUUUAAAAACUCAUUUCCCUGGUAUGCUGACUAUGUGUUUCAUCUGAAUAAAGUCGAUAUUGUGACUAAUUUUGCUAAAUGA